CCCUUCCUUCCUUCAUUCAUUCCAUUCUUCAAUUCCUCAAAUAAUUUCUUCGCAAAGCAAGAUCACCCACAAAAUACACCAAAGACAUGUCAGACGACCUCCUUUCCCACCACCACCUAAUCUCCUACCCCAGCUUUAUCCCGCUCUCCAACAACCCAACCUGGUACACCACCCAACUGCCGAAGGAUCGCUCAAAGAACCGCACGUACCUAUUCCUACCGACACCGACCUCCGUGUCGUCUUUCAAGCAUCGUAUCCCGAAAUUCCUUGCGAUAAAUCCAAACUGGAGCAUCUACUCCUUCGACAAGAGUAUAUUAGAAUUGUACACGAAGGCGACGCGCACUUCACAGCUGUACGAGAUGCGCAUGUGUGGCGGCAGCCAGCGCAGAGGUCAUACGGGGGGGGAGAACAGUAUUGGGAGGGUUGUCGAAGACGGGGAGUGGUUUCGGGAGACGUAUAAGGAUGAAGCGACGCUGGUUGAUGAGGAGGAUGUGCUCAGUGUCGUGGACCCUAGCGGUGUGCGACUGGCGUUCACCACGUGCUUGGGUGAUUCGGGGAGGCUGUUGGUCACUAAGGUUGAGGUUGCAGAGGGGGUUAAGCAGAGCGUGCGCGGGGUCGAGGUCGUCAGGAAGUUGCUGGGCACCGUCGCUGAUAUCGCGGAACGGGGGGGAUUGAGGGCUUGGAUCAACAUCCCUGUAGAGGAUGCGGUCAUUGUUGGCGUGCUUUUCGAGAUGGGGUUCGUUGUCAAUCGGACGCUUUGGCUUGUUGAAGGCGAUGCGGAGGUUGUGGAUGAGAGUGGGAUUUCUGAUAUUGUUGUCGGGAGCGGAAGGGUGAAGAGCGUUAUGGAGAAGAAAAAUAAGGCUGAGGUUUGGAAGUUGCCAGAUUGGGAAGGGGGCAUGAGUGGGUGGAGAGAGCAGUGGUCUGCCGCCUUGGAUAGAAUCAUGGCAGGGGGGGCAUAG